GUGGCAUGAAAAGUCUUCUCUAAACUCUUUGAAUGUCUGUGUAGCUGAAUUGAAGAGCUCUCCUACAGAAGCCAUGCUUCUGAAUAUGAGCAGAAAAGAUUUUCACAAUCUGCUGCUUUCAAGGCUGGAAUAUGAGUAAAUAUAUAGUUAAGAGUAUUCUUUCAGAGUGGUCAGUUGUGUUAUCUUUUGUCUGAGUUUGCUGAAAACAAGUUUUGCCAUGGGGUGUGGACUUAGGAAGCUGGAGGAUUCCGAUGACAGCAGUCCUGGAAAAAUCUUCUCAACAUUAAAAAGGCCACAAGUAGAAACAAAAAACGAUUUGGCUUAUGAGUAUGUCUUACUGGACUUCUCCUUAGAAGCAUCUGCAAAUAUCAAUGCUAUAAAGAUCAAGUCAUUGCUUGAUAUUCCAAGCAAGAUAGAAGAAUACUACUUAAGAGGAUAUAUGGUUGCUGCAAUCCAUCCAAUUAUUGUUUCUAGUGGUCGUAGAAGGCAGUUACCCAUUAGUUUCUUGUAUCGAGUAGUACUAUAUCGACUUAAAUUAAGUCAAAAGCAUGCAGUAUCCACAGGACAGAAACAGGCCAGUCUUGUUAUUGAGGAAUGGAUGUCACUAUACGAAGCUCUGACAAACGAAGGAAUAAAAAUUCUGCUAGAAAAAGUGAAUGACGCAUCCAGAAAAGGCAUGAGGUUUGUUGGAUUCAUAACAAAGCACUUUCAUCAGUCUACAAACACCUUGGUGGAUGUACAAAAACUGGAGCAAAACAGCAGCAAAAACUCUAAUGAGGAUGCUAACAGGCGAACAGAGGGAACAAUCAGUGGACAUUCUUCAGAAAGUGGAAUUGAUGAAGAAAUCCAUUUAGGAAAUGAUGGCAUACAAGACUCUGUAUUCCCGGAUGAAGGGACUUUAACAAAAUUAAGGAAAUGUCAAGGAAAUACAUUAUAUGCUGUAUUUAACAUCCUGGAAAAUGAUGUAAGUGGCUGCAAAUACAUUGAAGGGAACCUCUCAAUGAAAGUGUCUCGAAAAGGCACAACAAUCAGUGCCCUUGAAGCAGACUGGCUGGAAAUGACUACUUAUUACUUCAAGCAGGGCUUUUCUUUAAUUGAUUCUUUUGUACACUGGGAAAUGCUCAGAGGGGAACAAACACCAAAAUUAUUGGAUGGAUUAUUUGUCUAUGAAGAUGAAGCUUCUCGAGUUAUCGCCUCAAAGAACAGAGGAAAUGAUGCAAUAAUAGUAGAGCAGUGGACGGUAUUUGAGGGUUCUGAAAUUAAAACAGACUAUGGUCCUUUGUUGCACACUUUGGCAGAAUUUGGAUGGCUUCUGACUUGUGUCAUACCAACACCCAUAAUAAGGCAAAACAGUGAAGGAAAUUUGACAACGAAGCAAAUAGUUUUUCUUCAAAGACCAAUUAUGUCACAUUCAUCUCAACUUUCAGUUCCAUCAUCUGAGAAAAAAAUACAGAGACACUUAGUAAAUGAGGAAAAAAUUACCACAUCUAAUCAAAGCAUCGGACUUCAAACUCCUGGAAAACGUGUAGAUACGGGACAUGUAUCAGAAGAAAUGUACUUAUCCUCUUGUAAGCAAUACUGGAAUAAAGAGAGUCAUCAAGAAUUUGGGAGUUUUCCUGGUUUCAACAGCAGUGAUAGCAUGCUCCGCGAUUUGGAUGAUUUGCAGUUUGAUCAAGAAGAAGGUGUGACACAGGUUACCUGUAUGUGAUCAAGACUUCUGGUAUCAAGUCCAUUUCUAAAUUGUUCUCUAAAAGGAAUGUUCUUGCCAUUACAUAUACAUAAGGGGACUUACAAGAAAAAGAAGCUCACACUAACAAGAUUCAUCACCACUUGGCACUGUAAUGCCCUAAUGAUAUUGUGGAUGCUGGGCAUGGCUAUUCAAGUGCUUAUGGACAGUAUGACAUAUUUAAAAUGGCUUGGCCAAUAAAAUUGUACAUAAUUGCAGCAAACAUUAAAAAAAUUACAUACUGUAUCAUUCAAAACUAAAUAUAGGUUGCCUAGCCUGUGUUCUGCAAAAGACUGGCAUGACAUUAUCUCAUAAAAAAUAGACCUAGCAGACGGAACAAAGUGUUAUAGGGGAUACAUUGAGUGUGUGACAUUUUGAAACUUAUUUUUAUAGUUUUACUUUACAGUCCAUAUUAGCCAUAAAAUCUAUCAUGUCAAAAAAAGUAUUCUGAAUGUAAUUGCACAACAUAUGUUUUUAUUUAACACACGAAUAGAGCUAAAACCAACACUAAACAGUAUGAAUUGAGCUAGACAAUAGGAACUCUGAUAGAACUAUUGUUAUCUGUAUACAAUAUUCCAUUAUAUUUUCAACUACAGUAUAAGUAAGCAAAAUUACAAAUUGUAAAAAAUCUGAGUAAAUAAUGGUCAGCUAGGAAUAUGAUUUACAGAAAAUUCAUAUCUCAGUUAUAUACACACACAGGGGGAAACUUAUCAUUGUAGGUGUAUUUCAGGUUAGUUAUUACAUUGGGAUUGCUGUGUGCACCUGAGCCACAUUUAUGGCACAGUAAUAAUAAAAUUGAUGCCAGUGCAAUCUCAGUAAAAGUAUACAUUGUAGAUGCUGGACAUGGAGUUGCAACUUUUUUUAAUCCUUAAAGGACCCUGAUAUUUUCCAUUUUUGCGUUUUCAUUUUCACUCCCCGCUUUCCCAUAGUCCUAACUUUUUUUUACUUUUCCAUUCAUAUAGCCUUAUGAGAGCUAAUGUUUUGCAUGGCAAGUUGUACUUUCUAAUGGCACCAUUUAUGGUUGC